GUAUCAUUAUAACACUUUAAAAAAACCCAAGCAAUAAUAUCCUAACAUUAUCAAAUAUAUACCAAGUAUUCAAAUUUACCUAGUUGUCUCAUUUUUAAAACUGUAUUUGGUUCAUUCAAAUAUGGAUUCAAACAAAGUUCAUAGAUUUAAUUCAUUUGAUAUAUGAGCUGUGAGCCAUUUUACAUAGAGGGAAACUGAGGAUCAGAGAGGAUCAUCAGUUCAGUAUUCAAAAACAAUUCUCUAUUGAAUCAGACCUGGUACCAGAUGUUGGGGAUACAAAGAUUAGGAAGACCCAAGUCUCUGCUUCAAGGAACUCAGUCUUAUGCUCCUGUAAUGCUCUGUGAAUAUAUCUAUCACAAGACUUAAUACACUAUGUUAUUAGUAUGUGGUUGUGUAUCUGUCUUCCCAGAUAGGUGGCAAAUUCCUUAGAAGGCAGGGGCCAGUUCAUAGUCAACACUGUAAUCUGUAACAUCUUACGGAAAAACCUGAACGAACUUUUUGGCCAACCCAAUACUUAACGUAGUCCCUGGUACAUAGUAGGUAUUUAACAACUAUGGGGAAAGGAAUAAUUUUGUCUGACUGGGCAGUGGGAACCAGUGAAGAGUUUCAGGCAGGGCAGUGACAUGAUAAGGUUAUCACUGUAGGUAGGUGACACACGUCAUCAUUUGGAUUGGAGGCGGAGAAGGGGCUAUUGCUGAGUUCAUGCUACAGAGGAGGAGUGCCAGACUAAAGCAAUGGCGCAGGUGGUCAACUUGACAGAACUCAAACUCCAUACUCAAUUUCCCCUGCACUCCGAGCAAUCAUUUGAGAAGUCUGAUCACCCUACUAGAGAGACCACAUGGAAAAAUUGUGAGACGACAUGGAGAGAGAGAGAGAAGUCCAGCUGCACCCAGGGUUCCAGAAAUCCCCACCAAGACGCCAAGCAUAAAGGAAACCAGAACCAUCUUGGCUCCACCAGAUCAACCUAGCCACCAGCUGGAUGCCGUUGAGUGGCUCCAGUAGAUGCCACGUGGGGCAGAAAAACUGUCCAGUAAGCCUUGCCCAAAUUUCUCACCCACCCAUUCAUUGCAAUAAUAAAAUGAUUAUUGUUUUCAGUCCCAA